ACUCUCUGCCUAGGCUUACUUCGGGGAUCUUUUUGUACCGCUCUGUCUCCUGUGGUCAUGCUGUCUGUAAUGCGCAUGCGUAUGUAUCCAGUAACCAUGCCAACCUUUUGGUAACAGCAUGUAAAGUGAGUUAGCUGCCUCAAGUCUCCACAGUUUCUCUCAACUCAGCCUUUUUUGGUACAAACAUUUAUUGUCGAGGAUAUGGAAACCUCUGUUCUUUUUCCCGGAGAGGCAGAAGGAUAUGUCCAAAAUCUGGAAACAUUCUCACUCAGGGACAUUGGCUCUCCAAGGUGGUUCAGACAGCAUGAGUACAUAGAGAAACUCAACAUGCAGGCGAUUUUGAACGCUUCAGCCACAGCCACUCAGGACGAGUUCGUCAAGGAGCUCCUUGUGUCACUGGGAAAGAUUCCCACCCUGGUCCAUGAGAUGAUUCUAGUAGAGCUUUGGAAACAGAAGGUGUUUCCUAUUUUCUGUCAACUCCAAGACUUCAAUCCGAAGAGCACUUUUCCUCUGUACAUGGUGAUUCACCACGAGGCUUCAAUCAUCAACCUGCUUGAGACAAUUAUGUUUCACAAGGACUCCUGUGAGGGAGCAGACGACUCAGUCCUGGACCUGGUGGACUACUGCCACCGCAAACUAACUCUUCUGGCCAGCAGAGCAUCCAGGGAUGACGCCCCAACCCAAGACCGACUCAGUCACACAGAGAGUGGAGACUCAUCCUCUAUGCAGGAUUUGCAGUGUCAGAAUGCAGCAUUAGAGUUUGAAAUUUCCCUCAAGGCUCUGUCUGUCCUGCGCUACAUCACUGACCAUACUGACAGCAUCAGUGUGAUCAAUAGGAUGCUGUGCACUCAUAACCUGCCCUGUGUGCUGGUACAGCUGGUACAGCACAGCCCCUGGAGUCGCUAUUCUGCAGGCGCGAUGGAGAAGUACAUGAAUGGAAAAUGGCAGAGAGUUCCAUCCGAAGACCAUCUAAAGAUGACGAAAUUGGACGGCCAAGUCUGGAUUGCUCUGUACAACCUGGUGCUGAAGGAAGACUGCCAAAGGAAAUAUGACUUCAAUAACUUCAACAAGAACCAGCUCUUAAAGUUACGAGGUUUCCUGACGGAGGUGUUAAUUGACCAGCUGCCCAACCUGGUAGAGCUCCAGCGCUUCCUCAGUCACCUCACAGUCACAGACCCUGCCCCUCCAAAGAAAGACCUCAUCUUGGAACAGAUUCCAGAGAUGUGGAACAACAUUAUGCGGGACAAUAUGGGGAAGUGGAAGGCCAUUGCCAAGUACCAAGUGAAGGAAACGUUCAACCCCUCGGAGAAGGACCUGAGACAGCAAGCACUCAGACUGGCCCAGACCUAUAACCUGGAUGUGAUGGAGAGUUUGAUCCCUGAGAAGCCCAAGUGUGGAGCCUGUGGGGCCGAGGCUUCUAAGAGAUGCUCCCGCUGCCAGAGAGAAUGGUACUGCCAGAGGGAAUGCCAGGUGAAGCAUUGGUCCAAACACAAGGUUGCCUGCCAGCUGAUGGCUGAAGGCACAGAGAUGCUCCAGAAGGACCUGGCCGUAACGCCUACAGAGAGAGAGGCAGACAUAACUGACAUAUUGGACUGAGUGAUGGGAGAGCGAAAGGGCUAACAAGGAGACAAGACAAUGGACAGUUCUCUACCUAAAUGCCAUUUGGGAUGGGAUUCGAAUGCAGUUGUUUUUGGACUGUUUAAUGUAAACCUUUCGAGGUUUGUCUAGAUUCAAUUCCAACUUCUAGAUUUUAUGAAUUACAAUGAUAAUCUAACUCAUGAUUAGAAGGGUUAAUUUAGGUAAUUAACUGCUAAGCCUUUGCUAUUCCUUUGAUCUCAGACCUGAUACUCAGUGAAACUCGCAGGUUGAAUUUGGGAGGGAGCAGAACUCAAGACUUUUAAUAAUCAGCUCCUCUGUUGUAGCUUUUUUUGUCUUUUUUGUUGUUGACAGUUAUAACAAUUAUGCUUCUGUUAUAUUGAGAGAAAAAAUGUGUUAAGUUUGUGGCUGCAGGUGUUUUGACUCAUCAUCUUGGUCAGUGAUCCUGGGAUCAGAAUCUGCCUAUUGUUGGGUAACAGCAAGGUAUCAAUUUCACAGGGUUGAAUUUCAAAGUAACUUUAUCCACUUGAUUGUUUAGACUUUGCACACCACUUUUAAAAAGGUGUGCCUGCCAUGUCUUUAACUCAUACUGUUGUUCACGAAGUUCACAACCGUUAAUUACAUAAGCUGACAAUGGAUGAUUACGCAAAUGAUUAUCAGUAAGGUAGUUUUCAUUUGAAUGUCACAGGGGUGGGGAAUUCACACAACCAUCACUACCGCUCUACAAGACUCAGAAGCACCCCCUAUGUGAAAAAAUUCUGCAUGUCAAGAACAGUAGGCUGCUCUUCACUUUCUUUUCUUUCUGUUAUUAAAUUGUUACUGCUGCAUCA